AAGUUGAAUGCCAUUAUUAAUACUGUGGUAUGGACCAGCAUGUGCAGCCCCGACCGACAUCGGGAGUGACCAACCCUAAAUUUUAUAGUGGCACAGCCAUGCAUUAGUCCCAGUCUAUAAACAGCUACAUUGAAAUCCGCCCCCCUUUCAACCUAUGACUUCAGUUCCCGAGCCCUCCACCUGAACUGCUGUCCUCUCAACACUAUGACAAUGCAGAAUAAAAAAACAAAAGCAUCCAGGUCAAGAACAGGGUGCCAAACUUGCAAGAUACGGCAUGUCAAGUGCGGCGAGGAGAAGCCGGAAUGCCUCCAUUGUAAGAACUCUGGCCGGAAAUGUGACGGUUACAACAUUUCUCCCCCGUACCAAUUAUCCACGAAAGUGGUACAUCGUCAAUCGCGACCCGCCUGGUCAAUGGUGAGUCCUGACCAUCGCCUGAUCCUCCGUCCGGGAACCAGGGAAGAGCGACAGUAUGUAGAUUUGUUCUGCUCGCAGACGUCACAGGCUCUUUCUGGCUUCUUCAGCCCUCAGCUUUGGAAUUUUCAACUACCACAGCUCAGCCAGUCCGAACCGACUAUUAGACAUGCCAUUACUGCACUUAGUGCUGCCCAUGAGCGGGCCAUCUUGAAUCCUUCAGCGGCAAACGCGGCAGUUACGGAGCAAUUCGUACUCCAGCAGUACAAUAAAUCCAUUCAAUAUCUAAUGAAGCACCUCACCACACCAAAAUCCCAGUCGGUUGACUUGUUGCUGAUCACUUGUGGUCUAUUUGUAUGCCUAGAAAUUGUGCGGGGGAACAAUAAACAGGCGUUGAACCACCUAGCAGCAGGGGCGACCAUUCUCCAUAAACGGGGGCAUUUUGCCAAUGCAACUCCCCAGUCCAGGGAUAUUGACAGGGAACUAUCCCACUUAUUCUUUCGGUUAAAUAUGCAGCUGUCUCUCUUUGGGCGGCCAUUAGCCCCGCUGACCAUUGGCCAUAAAGGCACACUGCCACCUUCCACAGAGGGAAACAUCUCGUUCACCACCAUUGAAGAAGCCAGACUCUGCCUGGACGGACUAAUGAAUAAAACCUUGAGAUUCGUGCGUCUAAGUCUUCAAAACCCAACACCAAGUGCCAUUACAAGAAUGCAACAGAGACAGAAACAGCAAGAUAUAAAGGAGGAGUUCGAUGCUUGGACGAUGGCACUAAACAAGAUGAUGGCGCGGAAGGGGAACUCCAAAACCUUGGAUAGGCGUGGCCCCCUUACACUCCAACUCCAUCAUCGAGUCUCAUUGAUAUGGCUGCGAGCUUGUUUCGCAACAGAUCAGAUGGUCUUCGACAACUUCCGCUCAGAUUUCGAAGCAAUCACCCGUCUUGCGGAGGAAGUAGUUCGCCUGGGCCCUGAUCAGGAAAAGCCCUCUCCCGCGAAUGGAUUUUUCCUUGAAUCUGGGAUUACCGCCCCAUUGUGGUUCACAGCGGUGAAGUGUCGUGAUCCCAUCAUUCGACGGAAAGCCAUACAGAUUUUAUCAGAUUAUCGUAGAAGGGAGGGGAUGUGGGACAUGGGGAUCUUUUUCAAAGUAGCCGAGUUGGUCCUGGAAUCAGAAGAGGCCGAGCUAUCCUCUUUGCCCAUUGAGAAAAGAAUACCUGAAGACCGGCAACGCGUAUACGAUCCGAUACUGCCAGAGGAGAUUGUGGCGAGCCCGUGUCAGGUUAUACUACUGUCGAAACCCCAUGGGGUGGACGGAGGUUGGCACAAACGGACCACAUACAUUAGUUGGGAGUCAUGAAAAGGGCCAGUCCUGCUUGACAAGAGGCGAACAAACCAGACGCAACACGAUGCGCUUAGUGUUAAAUACCGAGCACUGCUGGCUCAUUAUACCAAGCACCAAGUAAGCACCACCGAGUCGUAGGGUUGUGGUAGGAGAAGCGAUCCUCAGUUGGUUGGCGACUAUGUAUAGUUCGCUCUUCAUAUCCUUCCUACCCUGCAGGUGACUGCCCGACCAGUCCUUGACGAUCCACAAUUCACUGCAGCCAAAGAUAGAUUUCAUAUACGCUUCACUAAGGAUAUUCUCUUUGUCAUUGGAUCCUAAGACCCAGUGCUUAAAGAUUAUAUGAUCUCACUGGCUCUCCAGAUAUUCCCAGUUGAAAAUCCGACCUCAUUAUUCCAGU